GGUUAAGAUGCAAUGUGAACUGCUGACAGCUUUAUAUAUUAAUAAUAGAGACUCUAGAUCUAGAUUUAUAUAUAGUAGAUAAAACAUGUCAGAUGAAAAAGAGAUAGAUAAAAGGGAAUAUUUAAACAUUCCUAUGUAUAUAGUAGAUGCUUUUACUAGCAAACCAUUUGAAGGAAAUCCUGCAGCAAUUUGUCUAAUUAAUUAUGAGAUGGGCUUAACUAGUGAUGAAAUGCAAAAGAUUGCUAAAGAAAUGAAUCUAUCAGAAACAGCUUUUGUUACUUUAACAAAGGGAGACUUUCAAAGCUCACCUUCAUUUGGCUUGCGAUGGUUUACUCCAACAACAGAAGUUUCUUUAUGUGGACAUGCAACUUUGGCUUCAGCGGCAGUUUUGUUCAAUGAGGCAGGAAACCAAUGUGAGCAAAUACAUUUUGACUCAUUGAGUGGAGAAUUGACUGUUGAAAGAAGUCAGAAAGAUCUCAUCACUCUCAAUUUUCCACUAAACCCUCCAGAACCAAAAAAUGUGAAAGAUUUCAAGGCUCUUUUGGAGGUAUGUGUUGAUGAUCUGUCUGACAUUGAUGAAAUCCAGCUAAGUGCUACAGGAAAACUUCUCAUAAGACUCAAAGAUAGUUUCAGAAGAGAUUACUUGGAAACGAUGCAGCCACGUACAAAUGAAAUGAUUGCAUCUCUGCCAGAUGGUUUGGUUAAAGGUGUUGGUAUAACGGUGAAAGGAUCUGUUGAAAAUGGGAGUGUAGAUUCAGAAGGCAAUGUUUAUGAUUUCAUUUCAAGAUACUUUGCUCCAUGGCUGGGAAUACAUGAAGAUCCAGUUACUGGUUCUUGGCAUACAGUAGCUUCUGCAUACUGGGCUAAAAAUCUCAAUAAAACUAACUUAUAUGCUCGUCAAUGUUCACAGAGAGGUGGAGAUCUCUGGAUCAAAGUCUUGGACACAAGAGUAACACUCUCAGGGAAAGCUGUUGUGAACCUCAGAGGACAAUUUACAAUAGUCAAAUAAUUUGUGUGAAAAAGUUGACAUUUAUUGCCUUACUCCUGAAUGUAUUGAAAUGUCACUUUAGUCAGAAAAUAUAAUGGCAAGGGUAUCUCUUACUAAUAAUAAAUGUUUAAAAAUAUAA